GGGUUUUGUCUCCUAUAACGGUUACUGUAAACCCUUUGACAAGAAAGGCGCCGGGUAUAUGCGUAGCGAUACGGUUGCGGUAGUAUAUCUGCAAAAGGCAUUAAAAAAUGCAAGAAGAAUAUAUGCGACCAUCGUACACAGUAAAAUGAAUUGCGAUGGUUUUAAAGAAAAAGGUAUUACCUUUCCAUCAGUCGAGAAGCAAAAAAUAUUGUUGAAUAAAUUUUACGAGGAAUGUGAAAUCAUGCACUGUGAGUUAUCUUACAUGGAGGCUCAUGCAACUGGUACUGUUGCCGGUGAUCCAGUUGAAGUUAUGUCUAUUGACCAGACUUUAUGCGCUAAAAGAAAUACUCCUUUAUUGAUGGGUUCGGUAAAUUUGAAUCUUGGACAUUCCGAACCUGCCAGUGGGCUUUGUCAAAUCGCAAAGGUAUUAUUAGCGAUGGAAAUUGGCACAAUAUUGCCUACUAUAUAUUUCAAGCGUCCGCGGAAAAAGUUAACUGCUAUUAUCGAAGGAAGAAUAAAGAUUGUCACUGAACCAACAGAAUGGGAAGGUGGUUAUAUAGGUGUCAAUUCUUUUGGAUUUGGAGAGGCCAAUAGCCACAUAUUAUUAAAAUCAAAUCUUAAACAAAAAAUCAACAAUGGAGCUCCGAAUGAUGACUUACCUAGGCUUGUAGCUGUAUCUGGUCGUACGGAAGAAGCAGUUAAAAUAAUUUUUGAUUACGUAAGCGAAAUAUAUUAUUAUAAAAUACUUUAA